CAAGGCAACAAGGAGGAAGGGGAGCGAAGGAGGGAGGGAAGGGGCCAGGGAGGGUAAAGAGGAGAGCAGGGGAGGGGACAGGAAGAGCAGCGGUGAGAGGAGGGAGGAGUAUAGUUUUGUUCAUAUAAGGGAAGGAGGAGGAGAGAUCGAUCGGCGAUCGGAUGGAUCCGACAGAUGGGAUGGGAGAGCUCCAAGGACAGCUCAUAAGAAUCAAGGGUCUGAAAUGUGAGAAUCAUCGGAUGAUUUGUGGUGACUUAGCUGUAUCAUGGAGCUAUCUCUCACAGCCUUCCCUCUUCCCCCACUGCGGAGUGUUGGGCAGCGGGAUGCUGCAGAUCUUGACAUUUGGUGGGAGAGUGUGUGAUGAGUCAGAUCGAGCUGGGCCAUGGGUGACUUCAACAAGUUUGUCCGUCCCCGCAUCACCUCUUUACGGCACAAGUCUUCAGCCUGCUGGACUGGGAAAAAAUUUCGAACUGCGCUCUCCUGCAGCAGCAGCGGUGGUGCUGCCAGCCUGCCUCCUCGAAACCUUGUCGCUGGAUUGUGCUCUCUCGCCCUGGACGACAUACCGUGAGUGAGUGAGUGAGUGAGCGAGCGAGCGAGCUAUCGAGCGUCCCUGCAGGGCAUGCUCGAGAAAUAGUUGAGCACUACACCCUUUGGCCUUGCCUCUCCUUGCGGCCCCCGUCUCCUCUCCUUUCCCCGCCUCGACUGGACUCACCUCGCCGCCGUAGUCCAAGUGUUUAUCUCUCCUUCCCAUCGGCAGUGUUGACGCCGUGUCCUGCAUGAAGGUUUUGCAGCAGGCAGGGUAUGCAUCGAGAAGAUUUUCUGCUUCGGCCCGAGUCUGACAGAAAGUGGAGCGUCGCUUUCAAGACGAAGCCGGAGCACGAGGGAAGAACGGACGAUUCUCGUAGCUGAAGAGAGUCCAGCAUGCAGGCAGGAAAGCGAACUAGAUUUUCCCCUUCGUCCUGCUCGCCAUCCGUCUCCAGAGAAGCAGAGCCAGAGAGGGAUCUAGGAGCCAAGGGACCGACCAGUUCGAGCUCCGGGGAAAGGAAGCAUGAGCGCGAAAUGGAGCAAGCGGACGAUAGGGAUGAUGACUUAAGGAUGGAAGGAUGUGACGAAACCAACUGCGGUGAGGAAGAGGACGAGGAGGCUCAGGAGGCAAGUGCAGAUGCCGAUGACCCCGACGACAGCCAAGUAGAAGAGGAGGAUGUAGAUGCGGAGCGCUUAAGUUUUCUGAACAAUUUUGUGGCCGAGGUCAUAGAAGACCUGCGAUCACCAGAUGGCGUCGAAGACGGGCUGGGUAUUGUCAGGGAUCCUGAUCCUAGUGCAUCAGAGCAGUUCUUUCAGUGGCUUAUCCAUCCCUUGAGCGUUGGGAGGUUCCAUGAACAGUUUUGGGAGAAGAGACCUUUCCUCAUAAGACGCCCUCGGAAUCGGAGUCUGUACGAGGGCUGGUUUGAGAAGGAGGACAUUGAAACACUCUUUGAGCGAGAAACCCUAAAAUAUGGUAUGAAUGUGGACGUUACGAAGUACAAGGAUGGAGCAAGGGCGAAUUUCUCCACAGAAGGUGCUGCGAAAGCUAAUCAGGUCUGGAAAAAAUUUGCCAAAGGCUGGUCUGUGCGGAUACUCCACCCUCAGCGAUGGAGUAACUCCUUGUUUCUAUUGCUCUCCGCAUUUGAGAGGUACUGGCAUUGUGUUGCAGGCUGCAAUGCCUAUCUCACACCAGCCAAGUCACAGGGCUUCAGUCCUCACUACGAUGAUAUCGAAGCAUUUGUUCUCCAGACAGAAGGAAAAAAGAGAUGGAGAUGUUACAGACCUCGAUCACUUGACGACGUACUUCCUAGGUUUUCAAGUCCUGACUUCUCCCAGGACGACAUAGGAGAUCCGAUCUUGGAUGAGAUCCUCGAACCGGGAGAUUUAUUAUAUAUGCCAAGAGGAACAAUCCAUCAAGCGGAAGCAACAUCGGAUACUCAUUCUCUUCACAUCACAGUGUCUGUGGGGCAGCGAAAUACAUGGUCUGACUACCUGGAACUAGCUCUUCCUCGAGCUUUAGAGCUGGCCUGGGAAGACCAUUUGCUACUGAGAGAAAGUCUCCCGAGAGACUUUGCAACUUACAUGGGGGUUGCUCAUUCUGACAAAGAUGAUCCCCGAAGAGCUGCGUUUUUAGAACGUGUUAUCUUGUGCAUGGACCGUCUGGUGAAGAGUGGACCUUGGGACUCAGCUGUCGACCAGAUGGCGGUAAAAUUUUUACAAGCCAGAUUACCACUUCCUCAUGUGCCUGACUCGGAGGCGACAAAGGAAGGUGGUUCAUUGAUUAAAUUGAACAUGAUGUCGAAAGUACGAUUGGUUGCCCCUGAUGUGGCAAGGUUUGUCGUAGAGGAGGAUUCAGCAGUUUUAUACCACAUGCUGAAUAAUUCAAGAGCUUUGCACAACGAGUUGAGUGACAGUUGUGAGGCAGGCUCUGUCCCAGGUUCAUCCUUGGAGUUCCCACUGGACUUUGCUCCAGCCUUGGAGGAACUCAUUACUGCUUACCCUACUCCUGUUUGUGUGUCCAACCUUUCUAUUGAUUCGAAGCAGGCUGCCUUGGACCUGGUGACUCAACUCUACAAAUCUGGACUGUUGGUUGUCAUGAAGUGAGCGAACUGUGUUUUAGGAGGUUUUCUUUGGCUCUCGUCUUGGGAGGACUUCUCUCUCCUUCGUAGCCGGGUGGAUUGCACAGGCCUUAUGAAAAGUGGAUGGUAAUGCCAAGGUGACACGACUUCCGAGAUUAUUUCCCCAGUCACCGUCCUAUCUUCAAAUUUUGAUUCAUUUAGUGCCGGGUCUCAUUCGGUCUUUAAAUUUGCAGACAGUGCUGUUAAUGCCGUAGAGUUUGUGUACAUAUUGCCGUAGCAGUGAAAACCCUUUUCCACAUACUCGGCAAUGUUCGGCUAGAUAUCUGGGUGCAGGACCUACAAGUAUUUGGAUCGUUUUAGUGAAGUCCAGUGUUCGUCACUUGUAUAGGAAGUCUUUCUGUUCUGGACUCCAACAAAACAUGUUCUACUGAGACAGGAUACCCGUAAUCUCUGCAAUGGUAUCUGCAUCAUGAUACUCUUUCCUCUUUCAGGCUAUUGAUGAAUCUGAUGAAGUUAGUAAGCUGCACGCUUGAUCAGAGCAGCUACAGUUACUUACGUUCUUUCUUAUAAAGACUUUCAGGUCACUUUUAUAAGAGCUGCCUAUUGAGGACCAGAGAUUGCAGGAGUUAUCACUUUUUAAGCUAGUAAUUAAAACUUCUUGCAUCUACUUUCCAGUCCUUUUUCUCAUCCUUUUUUGUCUGGUAUUAUUCUACUUAAUGGUACCUGUCAAGUGUAAUCAACGUAUGUACGACCUUGAAGUGUUAAGGGGCUGGCAUCUUCAUGGUUUCUCUAUCCCGUUUUGCAAAGAGCGGGUUAUACUGAUGCCUGCAUCUUCUCCUUUGAGAGAAUGAGAAAUCUGUUGAUUAUCGAGAGCAAUUUGGCUACUGUGA